AUGCCCGUACCACCAGUGCUGCAUAAUGCCAGUGAAAUGGAGCCUCUCUCCCUAUAUAGCACUGGGGCUGAAGAUACAUCUGUUAUCUUGACCUCGAAUGCACCUCCGUUCUUGGGUAUUGAAGGUGAUCCUGAGCCUUUUGCCUUCAACUAUCUGGACAAUGUAUGCCUUCCUCCUUUCUAUGACCAGGCUACAAUGUAUCCGAAUUUGUCUCUGGCAGACCCCUUCACCUCUCCUUCAAUGGACAUUGGCCCGUUUCCACCUGACCAAAUAGAACGCACUGGACACGCCGCAGAAAGCAGUCCCCGAGUCGUCUCACAGUUGAUAACUCACAACGAAAGUGACCGCAAUGGGCACGCCGCUUCGUUUGUUCGGGUCUCGCAAGAAGAUUGGCAAUGGCUGACAGGGCAAAUGUCCCAAUUUCCAACUGUGAUCCCAGCAGAAUACCAAAUGCCUUCCCGACAUGCCAUUUCCCGUUAUCUCCAUGGCUUCCUGACGGGUUUUCAUCCUCAUUUCCCCGUAAUUCACCCACAAACUCUUUCAUUUAGGGACAUGGCCCCCGAACUUAUUCUAGCGUUGGUUGCUGUUGGAAGCCACUAUUGCCUGGAAUCACACCAGGGUCUGAAAUUGUUUUCCAUCGCGAGGGGGAUUGCAUUGGAACAGCUGCGCCGGCGAGAUAUUGAAAUGGAUAGUCGCACUAACUCACUGUCACUCGAUCCAUCAUGGCCCCUUCUACAAUCACCAAAAUCGUUGCCCAGUUUGAACCAUCGUGAGCGCGACGAAAAUGAGACGCAAUCUUUCCCUGAUUACCAAGGGAACCAUGCCGACCUAGAAACAAUGCAGGCAUUGUUUUUCUUAAUGGCAAUGGCUACAUGGGGCGGGGAACAUCGCUCGCUCGUGAGACAGGCCAUUGCCACCCAAAGUAUCCUCGCAAUGCUUGUCCGUCAACACGGCCUUUCAGAGCACUCUAUUGCCCCUCGAGGAUGGGAGGAUUGGGCCCGUCAAGAGAGUGCCCGGCGUACAAAACUGAUUAUAUUCUGCUUUUUCAAUCUUCACACGAUAGUUUUCAAUCUUCCUUCCCCAAUUCUAGUUGGUGAUAUCCAGUUGAGAAUUCCCUGCUCGGAGUGGGAAUGGAAAAUGCAAGAUUCCGCUAGCUGGAUGGCUGCGCACCAACAAUCGGUUCAACCACCCCUCUUUCAGGAUUGUUUCACGGCUUUGCUUCAGGAGACUAACAAUACCCCUACUUAUUCCUCUCUUGGGGGUCAUAUUCUGAUCCACGCCAUGCUUCAACGUAUUAUUUCAAUUCGAAAUUCGACGCGAUUGGAGGGAAUGGAAAACGAGAUGUUUCCGGGACUUUCGGCACCAUUGCGACGAGCUUUGAAGAAAUGGCAAAGUGGAUGGGAACAAAAUCCCGAAUCUUCUUACAGCCCGCUUGAUAAACACGGCCCUAUUGCCUUCAACUCAAGGGCUGCUGCGCUUUGCUCGCCUGUGCAAAUGGGGGUGCACUUCGUUGGACGUGCACCUAGUUGGUCUGUCAUGCAUGCUGUUUGCUCGCUGGAAUAUGCGUACACUCUCAAUCAAUUCCUGCAAGCAACAACGCCUGAACUCCUCGAAUAUCCAUUGGAAGAGGAGGAAAAGGCUCUACUCGCGACCGUCAAGGAGACCUUGCUAGAGGUAGAAACAUCGACCCCAGGAGGUAAUCCUAAGAGCAUUGAGUCCGAACCACGAUUACUUGGACCAAAGGUGGUAAGAGCGUGGGGGAUAGUUCUGGAUGGUAUGCGAACCUGGAAUGCUGUGUGUGUUAUCACCAAGGUGCUGUUCCUUUACGCAGAUUUACUGGAGCAAAAUCUGUGA